GGGGCCGAAGCUGGCGUGCCCCCCACCUAUUGGGUGAUGUCUCGACACCCCGCCCCUCCCCUGGGAGGAGGGCAGGGCCGCUUUAAAAGGCCUGGACCCAAGGCCUAGCCGAGGUCAGACGCUUGAGUACCGGACAAAGGAUAGAUGAUGAUGAAGAUGACCCGGUGGCAGCCGCAAAGCCAGAACCAGAGCCGGGACCCGAGGAGAGAGUGUUCCAGAAGAAAGUCUAUCUUCAUACAUCACCAUACCUGAGAACAGAGUCUGACCUAACCAGAGAUGGCAGCUGAACCACUGCCCUUCUCCUUUGGGACACUCUCUAGCUGGGAGCUAGAGGCCUGGUAUGAGGACUUGCAAGAGGUGCUGUCCUCCGAAGAGAACGGAGGAGCGUAUGCCCGACCCCCUGAAGCAGAACAGGAAGAACUGAAAACCUUUACUACUCUUGACCCAGCCUCCCUGGUCUGGCUAGCUGAGGAGCCUGGGCCCGUGGAAAUCACAAGCAAUGGCCAGAGCCCUUGCUCUCCUGAGUCCAGCCAGAGUUCACUGGCCCAAGAAGAGGAGGAGGGGCAAGGGGAGCAAGGAAGAAACAGGAAACGGAGACACAGUGAGCAGUCCCCAGCUCGAGGGCGGAAGCGAAGUGUGAAAGAAAAGGAACAGGAGAAUGAACGAAAGGUGGCCCAUCUGGCUGCAGAAAACGAGCGACUGAAGCGAGAGAUCGAACGACUGACCCAGGAGGUAGAUGUGACGCGCCAGGCCCUGAUUGAGCGCAUGGUCAGCUUGCCCCGGUCCUGAGCAGCUGGGACUCGGAGGCCUUUCUCUCUGCUCUCCCCAGUGCCAACCAGCAGCCACACACCAUGUAUAUAGAUGUUAUAUUUAUUAUGUCUGACCCACUGCAUUAAAGUGAUUUGUACUCAAGCACA